AUGCAGCUCACAGGGAGGUGGUUCCUGGUCGGCGUGGCCUCCCGCUGCAGCUACCUGGCGGAGCACAGCCACCAGCUGGAGGCCACAGCGGUGACGGUGACCAUCCUGGAUGGGCAGAGCCUGGCCAUCAGCACCUUCAGGAAGCUGGACGGGAUGUGCUGGGAAAUCAAGCAGCGCUACCUCCCUGUGCAGGCCCACGGACGCUUCCUCCUGAAGGGCCGUGGCUAUGCCAGCAAGGUGGACAUAGUAGUGGGCGAGACAGACCACAGCAACUACGCCAUCCUCUAUUAUGAGAAGGGACAGAGCAUCUCUGUCAAGCUCUAUGGACGGACCAGCCAGGUCAGCGAUGCUGUCGCGGACAAGUUUGAGCGGCAUGUCAGGGCUGUGGGCCUGAGCGAAGAUGUGACCUACUACUUCCCCACAUACGGGUUUUGUGACUCCGCAGACGAGUUUCACAUCCUCGACGAAACGAAGCUGUAG